AUGGGCAGCACCGAGAAGGGCCAAGCCGUCAUCGGCCGGCAGCAGUCGCCGGGCAUGCGUGCCGCCAAGUUCAUCUUCCACUCUGGCGUCGCCGCGUACAUGAUCUCGGCGUAUCGCGCACUCAGCGUCAUCACGGAGCGAGUCGUCACUGAGGAGUUCCUGACCAUUUGGGGGAAGGAGGGUCGCAAUGGGGAACAGCUGGAUGUUCGUCCUCCGUCAGCUGACAGCAGCUUCCUCAUGGCCACCGCGACGAUGAUCCUCUCGGCGAUCUGCGACGUGUUCCCGGACAACUGGCUCGCCCGUGCGUCCAAGCGUGUCCUUGCUCUCGGCGCGAUGCCGAUCGAGCUGACGAUCUCGGCGAUCUACUGGCCUCUUAUCCUCUUCGCCCCCAGCCUGAUUGUCCCUCCUGCCGACCCGCUCGCCGAUGUGACCAAGAUCGACGCCGGCGCUGAGCUCUUCUUCAUCCCGCUCUGGAUGGAUUUGGGUCUGCACCUCGUGCCCGCCGUGGCGCUGCUACUCGGUGAGUUUGCAUCAAACACUACUCCCCACUUUGGUGAAACAUCACGGGGGAAAAGACACCGGUGUGGUGUUCUUCGGGCCACCCGAGCGCGGAGGCCGGUCAACCAACAGCUACAUGAUGGUUGUUCCCAGCUAACGCCAGACUUCUUCCUCCUCGAGAAGAAGUACACCCCUCCGACAUCCACGCGCGGAGCCUUCCUGACCGCCCUCGGCGUCGCAACCGCCUACGCGACAUGGGUCGAGCGCUGCGCCGCCCUCAACGGCAAGUUCCCGUACCCCUUCCUGACGGUUGCGAGCUUUGAGGACCGCUGCAAGAUCUACGUCGGCGCGGGCGUGUUUGCGCUGCUCGUGUUCUGGGGUCUGAACGCGCUGCACAAGUGA